AUGACCGGCUCCGAUACACCAGUACCAGCCGCAGAGACUAAACAUGAAAGCAGUCCCAGGAAGCGUCUACGACAUCGCAAGAAACAUUUGUAUGAUAAUAUUCUAAAACAAAUGGAAUUUUAUUUUAGUGAUGCUAACUUGUCUAAAGAUAGGUUUUUAGGGGAUCUUGUGAAGAAAGACCCGUACGUUCCUAUCGAAUUAUUUUUAAAAUUCAAUAAGAUUCGCUCAUUGACUCAAGAUAUUGUUGAUAUCGCGAAAGCCAUGAAGAACUCUACCUUAUUAGAGCUUUCUGAUGAUAGACUGAAGGUAAAGCGUAAAACUCCAAUACUACCAUAUGAUGCGGAUUCAAGGACAGUGUACGUGGAAUCUAUUCCGGUGACAGCUAGCAGAGAAUGGUUGGAGAGAGUAUUUUCUGAUUAUGGACAAGUUGCCUAUAUCUCAUUGCCUAAGUUUAAAAACUCACAGAAAAUUAAGGGUUUUGCCUUCAUUGAAUUUAACAAACCAGAAGAUGCUCAAAAAUGUAUCAAUACAUUCACUAAAAUGGGUUGCAAACUACCAACAUGUAUGCCACCUGAAGACCUUUCGUCUAUUAAAAUGUUCUCAGUUGAUGAACCACCUCAAGAGGUAAUAGAGUCAAAGCAAAGUAAGGAAGAGUAUGAACCACCAAAGAAGAAGAAGAAAAAGGAGAAGAAGGCACCCCAGAAAAGUCUAGAAUUGAAGCUGGGCAGUGAAUCCGAUAAUGAGAAGAGAGUAGAAACUCCUACGCCUACAGAAGAAAAAAGCAUUGCAUCUCUUGCAACACCUACUGAGGAACACAAAAUAUCAGAUUUGGAAUCCAAAGAUGAGAUGACUAGCCAAGAUGAAGGCAGAGAUGGUCAAUCACCAAGGAAAAAGAAGACUAGGAAACGUACUGCUAAAGAAAGGAGUAAAGCAAAGAAUAAUUUAACAAAAAAUGAGGCACCCAGAGGGGCAUUGUGGGGGUUGCAAGUGUUGUCAAAGUCAGAAUGGAAGGCGUUAAGGAAUCGGUAUUUGAAUUUACAAAGAAAGUAUAUGAAAGAAAUGAAAAUGAAUAUACACAAUAAGAACCACCAGUAUUCCAGCAUUCCAGCUCCUGCUACACCCUCAGUAGAAGCUGAAACAGGUAUCCCCUCAGUUGAAAGUGAAGGUGUGAAAAAUACUGUACUACUGGAAAAAAUCCCCGGCGUAUUUGUAAAGGAGAUAUUAUUAGAACCGUGUCUAGACAUAAGGCUGACCAAGAGGACUAUCAGAAGUAACAUCCACGCUCUGCACGUGGACGUAAAAGAAGGUCAAACGGAAGCCAUAAUAAGAUUCGAUUCCGCCAAAGCCGCCGAAGAGUACUGCGCGAACGCAGGGGGCCACGCGCGCGUGCUGUCGGGCGCCGAGGAGCAGGAGCAGUGGAGCCGCGCGCUGGGCGCGCUGGGGCAGCGGCGCGCGCGCGGGCGCUGCCGCGUGCUGGCGCACCCCGCCGCCCGCCGCCCCGCGCCGCCCCUCGCGCCCGCCUCGCCGCAGCCCACGCACACGCACAUACGCUUCGAAGACGAGUAG